AUGAGAAAAUUCUUCAGUCAGAAGUCGAAACAUAAGACACAUCAACAUCCAACCUUGUCAACAACAGCAUCAACAUUGACAGGAUCAUCGUCACUUGUUGUGUCACCGUUACCAUUUAAUAAAGAUGAUGAAACACAAAUAAUAUCUACAACAACAACAACAAAAAAAAAUAAAGCACAAACAACAUCUAGUCAUUCUCAAACUUUUACAACAACUCAAACAGAAAUAAAUCCAGCAGAUUUAUUAAUUAAUUCAACAUUAAAUGAUUCAGUAUCAUCAGAAAUAACAAAUAAUAAUCAAUUAAAACAAGAUGAAAAUGAAGAAAAAUCAAAAAAAUUAUUUGUUGUUGUUUCAGACGUAGAUUCAACUUUUACUUCAUCAUUGUUACCAUCAAUAUCAAAUGAAAAUUCCGAUUCUCAUUUAUUAAGUGUAAAUGAAUGUGAAUCUAAUGAACCGGUGACAACACUUCACCAACCGCAACCACAACAACAACAACUGCAAAAUACAUUAGCACGUAAACGUUCAUCAACUGGUUCUGGUCAACAUAUAGUUCGUUAUCGUGAACAAAAUUCAAAAAAAUUUGCUGAAGAACGUCUUCGUCGUCGUAGUUGGAUGGUAUCACAAGCACAAUUAUUAUCAACAUCAUCAAAUUGUCCAAAUAAUAUGUCAAUAUCAAUAAAUAAUUCACAAACACCAGAUAUUUAUUCAAACAAUCAACAACCAACGAAUUUAAUACGUUUACGCCGUCUUCGUUUAGGACAAUCAGAACCAAAUUUAAAUUCAUUACAAAUGAAUUAUUUCUAUCAAACAUCACCAUCACUUAAAUCAUCACCACGUACAUCAUCAGCAACAGCAAAUGAUAAUAAUAAUUCUCAUAAUAAUAAUAAUAAUAAUAAUAAUAAUAACAAUAAUAAUAAUAAUUUAACAAAUCUUCCAUCAACACCAUUACAACCGCAACAACAACAUUUUUAUCCAUUUCCAUUACGUCGACCAAGUUCACGUCGUUCAAAUUUAUCCGGUUUAAAUUUAAUUAAUUUAAAAUAUGCUUUAAGAAAACAAUUAUCACCACAACAACAACAACAACAAACAUUAUGUACAACAUCAUCAGAAAUACAAGAUACAAAUAAAACACCAAAUACAUUUAAUCCAUCAUCAACAAGUGCAUUUAAACCAAUAAAUAAUAUUGAUGAUAAUUCAAAUCGUCGAUGGUCAUUAACAUCAGCACCAUCAUCAAGUGGUUAUGGUACAACGACACCUAUAACAUGUCAUUCACAUGAAAGUUCUCAAUAUUCAUCAUUUGAACGUCUUCAACAUCAUCAACAACAACAACAACAACAACAACAAACACAAUCACAACAUAUAUGUACAUGUAAACAACAAACAAAUUUACCAAAUUCAAAUGAAGGAAGUUUAACAAAUGUUAGUCCACAUGAUGAUUUUAUAUAUGGAAGUUUACAACGUUUAGAAUCACGUUCAUUAUCAAUGUCAAUGCUUGAUGCAAAUAUAUCAUCAUCACCGUGUAAAAUGAUGAUUAUGCCUGAUCAAGAUAUGAAUACAAUGGCAUAUAUUUAUAAAGAACGUUAUCCAAAAGCUAAAGUACAAAUGGAAGAACGUUUACAAAAUUUUAUUGAUACAUAUAAACUAGUUGAUAAAUAUGAUUAUUGUUCUGAUGGUUCAGCAAGAUUUAUACAUAAUCAAAUAGUUGAAUUAGCUAAAGAUUGUUUAGAAAAAUCUCAUGAUGAUUUAAUAACAACAUUAUAUUUUGAUGAAAUGACAAAUAAUCUUGAAAGAUUAUUAUUAAAUGCUAAAGAAAAAUGUCCACAAGCUAUUGAAAAUUUACAAACAGUUGUUCGAAGUCUUUUAUUAACAAUUGCUAGAUCCGCACGAUUACUUGAAUGUUUAGAAUUUGAUCCCGAAGAUUUUUUACGUACAUUAGAUGAAGUUGAAUGUCAAGCAAAAAUUAAUGGAAAUAUUAAACAAGAUAUUCCAAAAUAUAUUUGUUCAAAACUUAAUCUUGAUCGUAAUCCACUUGAUGUUAUUGAUGCAUUACAGGUAAAUGAAAUUAAUGAUAAUGAACAUCAAUAUACAAUUGAUAAUAAAACAAAUAUUGGAUUAUCUGAAAGUGAAAAUGAAUCUUUAACUGAUUCAAAUUAUUUAACUAUAACACCUAAUACAACAUUUCCAUUAAUUGAACAAUCAUUAUCAACAAAAACUCCAUGUGAAGAUGAUUUUGAAAUAAUUAAAUUAAUAUCUAAUGGUGCAUAUGGUGCUGUACAUCUAGUAAAACAUCGUCAAACUCAUGAACGAUAUGCUGUGAAAAAAAUUUCUAAAACACAUCUUAUUUUACGUAAUCAAGUUGAACAAGCUUUUGUUGAACGUGAUAUAAUGACAUUUACAGAUAAUCCAUUUGUUGUUGCACUUAUAUGUACAUUUGAAACUAAAAAACAUUUAUGUCUUGUUAUGGAAUAUGUUGAAGGUGGUGAUGUUGCAACAUUAUUAAAAAAUAUUGGUGGACCAUUAAAUAUUGAUAUCGCACGUAUGUAUUUUGCUGAAACAACAUUAGCUGUUGAAUAUCUUCAUUCUUAUGGUAUUAUACAUCGUGAUCUUAAACCAGAUAAUCUUUUAAUAACAGCUGUUGGUCAUAUUAAAUUAACUGAUUUUGGUUUAUCAAAAAUAGGUUUAAUGUCAUUAACAACAAAUUUUUAUGAAAAACAUAUUGAUAAAGAAACAAAAGCAUUUAAUGAUAAACAAAUAUGUGGUACACCAUCAUAUAUAGCACCUGAAGUUAUUUUACGACAAGGUUAUGGUAAACCAGUUGAUUGGUGGAGUAUGGGAAUAAUAUUAUAUGAAUUUUUAGUUGGUAUACCACCAUUUACAGGUAAUACACCUGAUGAAUUAUUUGUUAAUGUUAUUAAUGGACAAAUUGAAUGGCCUGAUUUAAUUGAUGAAUCAACAAUUGAUUUAUCAUCAUCAACAUGUUAUGAUUCAUCGGAACAAUUUUUUUGUCCUGAAGCUAAAAAUUUAAUUGAACAAUUACUUGAACAUGAUCCAUCAAAACGUUUAGGUACAUUAGGUGGUGCAUAUGAAAUUCGUACACAUCCAUUUUGUUCUUGUAUUAAUUGGAAUACAUUAUUACGUGAAAAAGCAGAUUUUGUACCAGUAUUAGAAUCACCUGAUGAUACAUCAUAUUUUGAUACAAGACAAGAUCGUUAUCAACAUUCCGAUGAUGAUAUUUUAACAUCAUCAUCAACAACAACAACAACAAAUAAACAAACACAAAUAACAUUACCUAAUAAUGAUUCAGAUAUAUUAUUUGCAUCAUUUUCAUCAGUUUCAUUAAAAUAUGUUUCUGAAUUAUCAGGAACUCAUAAACAACGUCAUUCAAAUAAAACACAACAACAAGAUUCAACAACAACAAAUACAACAACAUCAGAAAUUUCAUCAACUGAUGUAUCAAGAACGAAUUCUUGUUCAGAAUGUUUUCCUGCAGAUAGUGUUAUACGAAUUAAUUCACCAAAUGGUUUUCAACCACUUACUAUAACUGAUUCAAUACCUACUGAGACAAGUCAAAAAGGUAAAUAA